GAUUGUCUUCUCUGCCACAAUGAAAAAGAAGAUUGCAAUCAUGUCUGGUCUUGUCCUCAAAACAGACAGAAAGUACUACAAAUCAGUCAUGAAACAAAAGAAGAACUUUGCACUCAAAUCAAUAAUAAUAAUAACAAUUCUCCUAUAGUACUAUAUG